AGAGCGAGACAGAUGUCAACUGACUAGCUGUGCAUCAUUUCUUUAUUCUCUGCAAUCGUCGUAACGCGUCUGCCUCUUCCUGGUGUACAUCAAUUAACUGUCCAUGUAAGAAAUACCGACUAAAGGAUAUGGGAGUUCUCCCAACGUGGAACAGCUGCAUGGCGAACCAUUCGUGGGACUUCACACUGUGCGUAGAAAGCAAAUUAUAUCUGAUCCGACCAAUGACUAAAUUGUGCUUUUCAUCUAUAUUUUCCAUCAGUUUGGCUGAGUUCUUUAGCAGCAAUAAUUUAAAAACCAAAACCUCACUUGUCCAGAAAUGGCAGAACUCCAGAGCAGCUCACGAAAAAAGAAAAAACGAUCUCAAAGUAUAUCCUCUUCGUCCUCGUCUUCCUCCAGUGAUUAUACACUGGACUCUUCGUCAUCUGCGUAUUCCAUGCCCCCUGCUCCCGAUGGGGGCUGGGGCUGGGUUAUUGUGUUAAGCUCCUUCAUGAUAAUGCUAAUAAGUGAUGGGUUCGCCUUUUCAUUUGGAGUACUCUUUACCGAAUUGCUGGAUGUUUUUCAGGAAAGCAAAAGUUACACGUCAUGGAUUGCCUCUUUGUUCUACGGAGUACCUCUGAUCUGUGGACCGAUAUCCAGUGCUUUAGCAACAAAGUAUGGCUGUCGGAAAGUGCAGGUUGUUGGUGGACUUAUUGCUUUUAUUGGUGUUUUUGCAAGUACGUUUGCGAAUUCCGUUGCAAUGUUAUGUGUUACACUUGGUAUUAUAGCAGGCUUCGGAUUGUCAGUUGGAUAUGUUACGUCUAUCGUAAUGGUAGCGUUCUAUUUCGAGAAGAAGAGAGCUUUGGCGACCGGAUUAGCUGUCUGUGGCUCAGGAUUAGGAACAUUUCUGUUUGCACCGCUUAUUGAAUAUCUGAUUGAACAUUACACGUGGAGAGGAUCGUUCCUUAUUCUAAGUGGUGUUACAUUGAACUUGGUCGUGUGUGGUUUUCUACUGCGGCCUUUGAAAUUUUCACCACAAGAACAAUGGAAAAGAAAACUGGAGGCAUUUGAAAAAUUAUCAAAGACUGUUUCACGAUCCAUAUCGAAAACGAGUCUGUCUGACUAUCCUCGCAGCAGACACACCAGUCACACGGAUGAUGUGGAUUCUGAUUCAGACACACCAGACCUGGAACAUAUGAGCUACUCACAAGUUCAGCUACCAACUUACAUCCAAAAUGAACUUAAACAUGCACCAGAGAAUUUGGUUGUUGAAGUUACCAAAACUGGCAAAAACUGGCAGCAUGUUCUUCGAACAAGUCAUCAAAACGCUGUUACAUGUAGUUCUUCAAUGAACAAUGUGACCAGCCCCUCUUUAAACAAAACCGUUAUCAACAAUAGUAGCAGAGAGAAUGGUCAUUUACUGAAUGAUGAUACCGGCUACAUCGGAGAACCGAAGAUAUCUCUUAUGGAUAAUGGGAGCGUAUGGAAGAGAGAUAAUCAAAGGAGAAAACGACAAGCAUUUCAAUAUUAUCCACUUUACAGAAAAGAUCUAUUCUAUAGAGGAAACCUAAUGAAACUGCCUCACUUUGAAAUACGGUCGUGUAGUUGUCCAGAGCUCCAUCUAGGAUCUAUGGACGAGGAAAGUUCAGAUGGAGGAGACAUUUGUCGAGUAAACAACCUGUUGAAGAUCCCGAUUCACAUGAUCAAAGUUUUCAAAGCAAUGUUUGACCUUGCCGUUUUAAGAAAUCCUCUUUUUAUUGUGUUUUUGUUGUCUAAUUUUAUGCUUUAUUUUUGGUAUGACGUACCAUAUGUUUUCAUUGUUGAUAGAGCCAAGGAAUUCGGCAUAUCGGAGGAUAAGAGUUCUUUGAUAAUAUCAUCUCUAGGAAUUGCCAACACAUUCGGACAAAUUCUUUAUGGAAUAGUAGGAGAUCGUGACAUACAUUUAGAGCUGUUGUAUGGGAUCUCCCUCGCUGUUGCUGGGACAAGUGUGGCCUUGGUGCCGCUCUUCAUAGAUCAAACUGUUCUGUGCAUAUUGGCUGCAUGUUAUGGAAUUUUCGUUAGUGCUAAUUACGUGCUGAGCUCAGUGAUGUUAGUGCAAUACUUAGGAAUGGAUAAGCUGACGAAUGCUUACGGAUUGACUAUGCUGUUACAAGGGAUAGCCAAUUUAGUUGGUCCACCAGUUGCAGGAAAAUUAUAUGAUGACUCCGGGAGUUAUGACCACACGUUUUACGCUGGCGGAUUUUUUAUCGCAGCAUCGGGAUUAGCCCUUCUUGUGAUACCUGUUAGUAAAUAUAUGAAGCGGAUCAUCUGGAGGUGUCGCGAGAAGAAACCACAAAAUACGUGUAUCAGUAUCUCAGAUGGACCGGAAACGUUUACGGACGAGGCGGAGCCACUGACCGAAGAACUACAAGAAGAAGUACCCAGAACGUUUUUAAAUCUUAUUAUUACAGAAAUUGAGACUGUAGUGUAGCAGGAGACAUUUUACACACCUGCCUUGUGGUGCCCGGGUAAUUGUAAUCACAAGAACAUGGGACUAUAGUAAGAAAUCCAAAUGCCACAGUCUAUAUCAGCCAUGAUGUGGUGAUAUGUUUUAUAAGUGAUCGUGAUAUAUUACAGUGCUCUGAAUUAAUCUGGAUUUUUGCGAAUAACCUUGGGUUUGAAAGCCAAAGUUGCGGGACGAACUAGGUAGUUACCACUUGUUCAUCGCUUAAGUUUAGUUUUAGUUUUCAUAAACUACAUUUGUGUAUGUUUGAUUUUUGAUGCAUUGGGCAUGCCUACAUUUUUUUUAGAUAUGAGAUAAAUUAUCAUCAGGACCCAUUUGCAUCAAGCCUGAAGUUUUUAUGUAAGGAAUUUUAUUCUAGAGCUCUUUAUUUUAUCCUAGAACAUAUUUAUUUGUAUGCCCCGUUUGUAAAAGGAGGUGUUGAGCACUAAAACUAGGUAACAGUAAUCUAUAUGUUCCUUUCCAGGCAAUAUAGUUUCUUCAAGUUUUCGUACAAGUUCAUCAAACUUCAUGUUCUGCUACAUCGAAGGCUGAAGGUUUGUUCUUCACUAUGACUAGACUAAAAAGGACAUAUACUUUCAAUUUCCACUGAAAUGUUAAACUUAUUAUCAGGUCGAAAUAUUCCUUGCUUUUUAAUGUUUAUGUUCUAAAACGUCAGAUGUGAAAGUGUGUCGUACCCUAUAGCUAGUCGAGAGUGGGUCGUACACUAUAUUUAGUGCACAGCUUCCCAUUGUACUGAUGAUAACUGAUAUUUUGAUUCUGUAUCAUACUUUCUUUAUUGUGUCAUUAUGAUAAUGGCAUUAACUACCACCGAGUCCAGCUUUUUAUACACCGUUUGCUAUGCAGACUGUUGUUUCAUCAUAGACUGCGGGAACAUGGUGUUUAUUGAGGCGUUCGAAAUAACGUUAGCAAUUGUAAUGUAUAAUAAACAGCUUUGGUACAGUGUUACGUAACCAUGAACGAAAGAUGUUAUGUAAUCCUUGUUACACCACCAGACAGAAUAUAUUUAUGGAAGUAGAUCUAGAGACCUAACGUAUUCUGAUUAUACAAUAAGCUGUUGUUGUUUUUUGUGUUAUUGAUAGCUCAUUUCAUUUACAUUUGUUCCUAUUGCUUUUUAAAAGUUAUUUAUACAUAUUUCCUGAAUCUGAAAACGAAUUGUAGUAUUUUAUUUCCCUCUAUUUCAUUUUAAGCUAGACGAGCGGUUGUAUUUUUUACAACAGAUAUGCAUAUUCAUGUGUUUGUGUAAAUACCCUGUUGGAAUAUUACGUAACCUAUUAAUAUGGAAACGUUUCGCCCUGUACGUAUGAUGUAUACACAUAUAAUCAGCGAAGAUUUGUGCCAAGCAAAGCUUUGAAACGUUUGGUUUCCCUGUACGUAUGAUGUACUUGUUGUAUUUAUGCUGAAUCUCGCUGUUUUGCCGCAUGAACUUUGAUAAUUGAACUUCAAAUUAAACUAAAAUAAUGUGGAGAGAUUUUCCUAAUUUGUUUCUAUCCGAUUCGUCAUGUAGGAUACAUGUUCAUUGGUGGGUUUUUUAUUGAUUUGUUUGCAGAUUAUUCUAUCAUUUAGAAUAUGCAGUUAUGUUUUUUAUUGUGUGUGCCUUUUCAAUUGAAUUGAUUGAAAUGACGUCCAUAUACUACAAUAACAUCUGCCAGACUGACUACGUUUUCUGUAAUCUGAGAAGAAAAAAGUCGUCACUUGAAUUAUUGACAGAGCUAGAGAGUAUGCAUUGGAAACAAGGGUUGUCUCUGUCGUAUAGACGUUUGUUUGUUUCUAUUUGGAAUGAAGAGUGUUGCAUGCUGUCACGUAUCAAUGUAAACUUGGCGAGGCGUUCAUACAUAUUUCAACAAUCAGUAGCACUUAACAGACUCCAUGUUGAUGUUUUAGGAUGAUAGAGCUGUAACUUAAAUAAAAGGUUAGGAUGUCCUAUGCCGAACAUUCAAUUGUAAAAUACGUUAUUAUCGUGAGAAUGGAACAAGUUUAGUGUAUCUGAUUUCAAGGUGUUUUAUCAGGUAAAUUCCAAGUGUAAUGUUAAAUUUAUUUUACAUUGUAUGUAGUUUAACUUUUUUGUUUUCCUAUACAUUACUGUAAUGCGUUUACUUCUUUUAUUAAUCUAUUUCUUAAUCCGUUAGUUGCCCGCACUAUGACCUCUUGAUAAACAAACAAAAAUUGCCUAAUACACAAACAAGAUAUAGGUGUGCAACGUUCAGUUUUUGGACCUCUUGCUCCAGUACUAGUUGGCAAGGUGAAGGUCACGAUGUUGAAUGUUCAGUCACAUGUCAUUUAAUUGUUUUACUAUAUUUCCGAAAUCAAAACAAAUAUCCUACAUUGUCCAGGUAAGAAAGGCAAUGG